AUGUUUAUAGCAUUAAUUGCAAAAAGGGUUGAAGACGCAUUUAGAGAAGGAAUUUAUGAAGAGAAUGUUAAAUUAAAUGGUUAUUCAUAUUUAGGUAAUAAAGCAUUACGUAAAAAAUGUCAACGUCAAAGUGGAAGUAUAAAUCAUCAUCCAACAAAUAUUCAAUUAGCAAAUAGAAGUUAUUUAAUUUUAACAUAUAAUGCUGAAUAUGAUAGAAUUUAUUACCCAUUAUCACUUCCAUAUUAUGGAAAAUCGGAUUCUGUUAUUUUAAUGCAACAAAUUCGAUAA